CUCUUUACACUUAAAAAAUAAUAAAGCCAAAUCCCAUCUAAGCCCUAACUUUAGCUCCGAGGCAACAAAAUUCUACAGAGUGACUAAACUCAUUUCAAUUCCCGCUUCUCCCAUUCUCCCGCCAUUUCCCAAAAAUAUCGAUUCCCUUUUUAAAUUGAAUUUCACUAAUUAAUUUCCCCAUUUCUCAAUCUUCAAUUCCUUCUUCAAAAGUUAAAAACUCUCUCAUCUCGUCCUCUCUAUUCAGAUUUUACCUUCAAUUAGUUACUACCCAGAUUCAAUUCUUCUUCAAUUUAAGGUUUCCGAACUUCUGUUUGGUUGAUUUUGUGCUAUUUUCUUUUUAGGGUUUUCGUUUUUGAUGAAGGUGGAAGGGCGGUAGUGGUGGUUUUACGGUUUCGUUUUUUUUGGGAGUUUAGAAAAUGAGUGCUGUUAAUAUAACAAACGUGACUGUGUUGGAUAAUCCGGCGCCGUUUUUGUCCCCUUUUCAGUUCGAGAUCUCAUAUGAAUGUUUGACUCCGCUUAAAGAUGACCUGGAAUGGAAACUAAUCUAUGUAGGCUCUGCCGAGGACGAGACAUACGAUCAACUUUUGGAGAGUGUACUUGUUGGGCCAGUCAAUGUUGGAAAUUAUCGUUUUGUCUUGCAGGCAGAUCCACCGGAUCCUUCAAAAAUCCGUGAAGAAGAUAUAACUGGUGUUACAGUUCUUUUGUUGACCUGCUCUUAUCUGGGUGAAGAGUUUGUUAGAGUUGGCUACUAUUUGAACAAUGAUUAUGAAGAUGAGCAGAUGAGAGAGGAGCCACCACCUAAAGUGAUAAUCGACAAGGUUCAAAGGAAUAUUUUGUCUGAAAAACCAAGAGUAAGAAAGUUCCCCAUAAACUUUUAUCCCGAGAAUGCUGAAGUUGCUGUGGAACCUCCUCCACAAGAACAACAACCUGAAACUGAUGAAAACAUAGACCAAUUACCUCCUUCUCCCGAACAUUCUACUGAUAAAGAGGGAUCUUAAAGUAAUCUUACCGUAGAAUCAACUGGUCUCCUCCCAAAUUUUGCAUUGAAGUUAAUGUGAAAUCAUUGGGUAAUGUUAUGGCCGGUUUGGGGAGCUGCUGUUGUCACUUUUAUGUUUUCAGGAUAUAAUGGUGGAUGCCUUGGGUUCAACUGGCUUUUUUUUAUUCUCCUGAAAAUACUUUUGCUAUGUAUUUCUUUUUUUCAUUAUAAACCUCUGUAUUGCUAUAUUGACACCCUUCUCUCAGGAUUGAUAAAGUUUGUUAUUAUAUUAACUUGUUAUUGUACUA